UAUUCCGUGCUUGCGUUGUGCUCUAAAUUCUCUCUACCCCCACUCCACUCCGCAAUCUUCUUCCAAAUUCUCUUUUACACACACUACUGGACUAGUAGUAUAAUUUAAUCUCCAUUUUCAGCAACACCAGCUUGCUAAAUCAAAGCCAUCUGAGGAUAGUGUUUGUGUGUGUGAUGACGGAUGACUGAGCAAUGCUCGAUCCGAGAUUUGUUGUAUUUCGAGGCUGCUAAUUUCAAGGAAUUAACAAAAUGAGGGUUUUAGGUGACUCGUGGUGUUUCUGCAACGGUGGAGGAACCAAGUCGGAGAGAAUUAAGGCCGCCAUUUUCUCCGGCAAGGCUCCCUCCAUGGCCAGAAUUCACGGAGGCGGCACCGCCUUCCUCAUCCACCGCAAUCUGCUGCUCACCACCCACGCCAAUCUCCCCUCCGUUGCCGCCGCUGAAGCCGCCGAGAUCCGCCUCCACAGUGCUCUCUCCGCUUCCUUAUUCCCUCACCGCUUCUUUAUCACAAGCUCCGUUCUUGACCUGACAAUGGUGGGCUUUGACACUUUUGAUGGUGAAUCGAAUGCUCCCGUGCAGCAUCCUCACUACUUAAAGACUUGUUCAAAACCGAAUCUGGAGCUGGGAAGUAUAGUUUAUCUUUUGGGGUACACAGAUAAACAGGAGUUGACAGUCGGUGAAGCGAAGGUAGUAAUAGCUACUGACAAUCUGAUUAAGUUAUCGACUGAUGGAGUGACAUGGAGCCCGGGUUCUGCUGGUUUUGAUUUUCAUGGAAAUCUCUCCUUUAUGGUUUGCGAUCCUAUGAAGCUUCUUGCAACUUCUCCAAAUACCAAAUCCACUUCAACUUCGUCAUCGUCAACGUCGUCGUGGAGGAAAGACACCCCGAUGCAAUUUGGCAUUCCUAUGCCUGUCAUCUGUCAUUGGCUUAAUCAGCACUGGGAGGGGAACCUUGAUGAACUAAAUAAACCGAAACUACCUCUGAUCCGAUUGAUGUCCUCUGCCCAGAAAAGUGAGCAUUCUUGUGCAUCAUUCACCAUGCGGCGUGUUUUUAAGCCAACUGAAGGUGAGAAUGAGGGGACACCAUCUUCAUCCAAACCAGUAGAGCAGCAACCUGGACCAAGUUCAGCAGCUGUCCACACUGUGGAAGUCAAAGACGAGACCUCAAGUGGUGACCGGCAAGGCGCUACUCAUGCUCCCGGUAUCCCAACUCCUGAGAUUUACGAGUCCCCAAUGCUGACCUCAAGCCCAGUUAGGAACAAGGAUGCCACUAUUACUCCUACUACUCAAAUCCAACUUUUGGACAUCAACUUCCCUCCAAGGAUUAGUAAAGCUGCAUCAUCACCUAAGCAAUCAAGAAAAACGAUGCCACCGAGGUCGGAUCAAAACUAUGUCAAGGAUUUCCUGCUUCAAAAGCCACACAAGGGCCCCCCUUCCUGCCCCAUUCCAGAUGCAGAAUCAACAGGGUCCGUGAAUGGAGCCCAGAGCGACGUCCAGUCCAGCUCUUCACCCGUUGAGUUGCCACAUGCAUACAGCAGUGAAGGAGAAACCACCAUGUACUCCGCAGAAACAGCCGAAAGCCGGAACUACCCAAGCCCCAAAGAGGGAAGGUUCUGUCAGAUAGGAAGGAGCCAGAGCUGUGUGAGCUACAACAGAUGGGGGCCGGUCCCAAAAAACUCAGUGGCCCGUGGGUUAAAUCUUGAGAAGCACCAGAACCUCAUGCAAGGGAGGAAGGUGUACUCACAAGGUGCAACAUCUCAAAGGAGCAAUGACUACUACAGUCCAACAGUUUCGUCCAUUAUGAAGAAAAGGAACGACAUGGAGCAGCAGCAAAAACGCAGGCCGAGGCCGAGGCAGAGCGCUGUUCAUACAUCUCCAAGAUGGAAUUUUUAAUAGUGAGUCAUUGAUUACCAUCUAAUAGCCUAGCCGUUCAAUGCUCAUAUAUAUGCCUUGUUUCUUGCUUAUACCUGUAAGUAGUGGAUUGUUUAGACGGGUAGAAACGAUUUUAACACACCCUACCCUUUUUUUCUUUCUUGGGGUAUAAAGGGAUUAUAUAUGUGUUGUUAUUAGUGAACUUUGAGAAGUAGUAAUUGUUUAUAGGUUAGCUUCCCAAAACUGUAUGUUAAACAUGCUGUUGGGAUAACAAGGAUUGUUUCUGA